CAACCCAAACUUGUUACACACGGGCACCAGCUCCUCCUCCCGCCGCCGCCCUGUCCCCGCCGGCGCGGGGAGGAGGGGGCUGCGCCGCCUCAGUCUGCCGCGAGGAAGGCGCCGAGGCGGAGGGAGCGCGGGCAGAGUCCGCAGAAAGGCUGUGUUUCUGACUGUUCUCCAGCUCUGAGGGAGUGCAGGAAGCUCCAAGGGGCGGCAACAUUAUUUAUUUCUGCAACGAAUCAGAAGAAUGCACUCAGUUACCCUUCUCAACAGCUCUGCAGCCUGUGGAGAGUGUGGGCAGUCUUUUUUUGCAGCAUCCUGGAAAAUGUGUAUUCCAAUGGAGAAGUGAUCUGCUGAAAAGCACAUACUUGUACAGUUGUUCCUUCUGCCUUGUUGCACUGCUUGCCAAGGUCUGAAAUGCCUGGUCUCUAACACUCCCUGGGAUUUGCAUUUCUUCUGCCAAAGAAACACUACCUGCCACAGUUACCCAAGGAACCCCAAAGAAAGAGGAUGCUGAAGAUGGCUCUAUGUGCUUUUUACGCAGUUUGGGGUUUGUUACUCACAGUGGCAGUAGCAUUUGGUCCAGUACCAAGGAUCACUUGGGAACACAGAGAGGUCCAGCUAAUAUAUUUUCAUGAAUCAGAAGUGUCAAACUAUUCAACCUUGCUGUUAAGUGAAGACGAAGAUUUUCUGUAUGUAGGAGCCAGAGAAGUGAUCUUUGCAUUAAAUGCAGUGAAUAUUGCUGAAAAGCAGCAUGAGUUAUGCUGGAAGGUCACUGAAGAUAAAAGAAUUAAAUGUGCAGUCAAGGGCAAAUCAGAACAGACAGAGUGUCGUAAUUAUGUUCGUGUCUUGCAACAGCUGAAUGAUACUUUUCUCUAUGUGUGUGGGACUAAUGCCUUUCAGCCAACAUGUGAUUACCUGAAUUUAAUUUCAUUUGAACUUGGAGGUAAAUAUGAAGAUGGUAAGGGCAGAUGUCCAUUUGAUCCUGCUCAAAGCUACACAUCUGUUAUGGUUGAUGAGGAGCUUUAUUCUGGGACUUCUUAUAAUUUCUUGGGAAGUGAACCUAUCAUUUCACGGCACUCUCAUCAAAGCCCUCUGAGAACGGAGUAUGCAAUACCUUGGCUUAAUGAGCCCAGUUUUGUUUUUGCUGAUGUCAUAAGAGCAGAUCAAAACAGCACAGAUGGAGAAGAUGACAAGAUAUACUUCUUUUUCACUGAGGUUUCUGUGGAGUAUGAAUUUGUUGGAAAACUGAUGAUUCCAAGGAUAGCUAGAGUGUGCAAGAGGGACCAAGGAGGAUUAAGGACUUUGCAGAAAAAAUGGACCUCCUUCCUCAAAGCCAGGUUGAUUUGUACGAUCCCUGAUAAGAAUUUAAUUUUCAAUAUUAUCAGUGAUGCUUUUAUACUCAAGUCUCCAACUUUGAAGGAACCAGUAAUAUAUGGAGUCUUCACCCCACAACUGAAUAAUAUAGGGCUGUCAGCAGUGUGUGCAUACAAUCUGUCUACUGUAGAGGAGGUUUUCUCAAAAGGAAAGUAUAUGCAGAGCGCUACAGUAGAACAGUCUCAUACAAAGUGGGUUCGAUACAAUGGGGAAAUUCCUAAUCCUCGACCUGGUGCAUGUAUAAACAACGAAGCCAGAGCAUCAAACUACAUGAGUUCUCUGAACUUACCGGACAAAACAUUGCAAUUUGUUAAAGAUCAUCCUCUAAUGGAUGACUCGGUGACUCCGAUGGGAGACAGACCUCGACUAGUAAAACGAGAUGUGAAGUAUACCCAGAUUGUAGUAGACAGAGUCAGAGUGCUCAAUGGCACCAUCUAUGACGUUAUGUUCAUCAGUACAGAUAGAGGAGCCCUGCACAAAGCUAUCAGCUAUGAAAAUGGAAUGCAUAUUAUUGAAGAAACACAACUUUUUCCAAACUUUGAGCCUGUCCAAACUCUCUUGCUUUCAUCCAAAAAAGGAAGAAGAUACCUCUAUGCUGGUUCAAAUUCUGGUGUGGUUCAGUCUCCAGUGGCAUUCUGUGACAAGUAUACCACUUGUGUUGACUGUGUUUUAGCAAGGGAUCCUUACUGUGCUUGGAAACCCCUUGAAGCUUCCUGCAUUGAUAUUUUUAAAGAAGGUGAAGUUGAAAGGAACUGGAUUCAGAACAUUGGUGGAGAUGCAUCAUCUUGUUCUGAUAAAGUAAGAGAGAACUCCCUACAGCAUACGUUCAAACAUGGGAGCACAGCAGAGCUCAAGUGUUCUCAAAAGUCCAAUCUGGCACAGGUAGUUUGGAAGUUCAGAGAUGAUGUGCUGAGAGUGGAGAGCCCCAAGUACCGUCUGCUGGAAAAGGCGCUGCUCAUCUUCAAUUUAUCAGAAGGAGACAGUGGUGUUUACCAGUGUUUGUCAGAAGAAAAAGUGAAGAAUAAGAAAUUUUCUCAAGUGCUGGCUAAGCAUGUUUUGGAACUGAAAAAGAUCCAACAUACCACGGUGGGCCCCACCGUGGCAGCUGCUCCAACAGAAGGUAAUAGCAAUGUGCAGAAAGUGUCAGCUGUAUCAACUGAGGGGUCUACUGCUCGCAUCUCCACCACUCACAUGGUACUGGUAACAACAGCAAAGGUGGUAACAAAGCCCAUUGACCCUAUUCUAACCAGCGCAGCCUCUAACACAGAGCUCCUCAAUUCAAUUCCUGAUGCUGUCCCAGAAAAGACGAUGUUCCUCAAGUCAAAUGAUAACUUCCUGUUGAUGUUCCUCUUCCUCUUCUUUUUUAUUCUCUUCUUGUGCCUGCUGUCCUACAACUGUUACAAAGGGUACUUGCCGGGGCAGUGCUUGAAAUUUCGCUCUGUCAUGCUGCUCGGUAAGAAGAAAACAAAAUCAGAUUUUUCUGAUUGCGAGCAAAGUGUGAAGGAGACACUGGUGGAGCAAGGCAGUGUCAGCCACCAGAGUGGGGAGCAGCCAAAGCCAGCACACGACACUGGCUACGAGACUGAGCCUGACUGUGGAAACUGCCAGCUGCAGCCUGGGGAUUCACAGGCAUCCCGAGAGGCCAAGGACAAGCCCUUUGAUGUCAAGUGUGAGCUCAAGUUUGCUGACUCGGAUGUGGAGGGAGACUGAAGGAGCCCAUCAUCCAUUUGAGUGGUGGAAAUCAAUUGUGGUCCUGUGGGUAGCUAUCUGAGCACAGAGACCAUGAGUGUGACAGCUGAGCCUUUGCAGGGUUUACAUGCAUAAGCUGUACAGCAAGACAAUAUACGUUCAGAUCUCACCAGAUCAGAGAAGCAGUGUUUGUGUCUGGAGACCAGAACAUCCUGUGUUGUACUGUCUUGUUGUUUUUUUUUUUUCUUCUAAAUGGCCAGUUUCAGAUCACCAUUUGUUUGUUCCAAACAAGUGCUUCACUCUGACAAACAGUUACUUCCUUUUUUUUCAGCCCUGUGCUUCCAUAGGAUAAAAGUAACUUUCUAAUUCAGUUGGUUUUAAAAAGUACUUCAGUCUAUACGUAUUUUUAGCUGCCAUUAAAAAAAGACCUAGUUUCAUUUUAAUUCCAAAUUGGAAAUGUAAGUUUAGUUUAUCAGAUUGGUAAAUUAUAGACUAUUGUCCAGAUUGGGACAUUUUUUUCUUCGCUUCUAAUGAUUAUUUUUAGUUGUAUGCUUUGUGUUUUGGCACACUAGGUCUCUCUAAUUGGCUAAAGUAAUUUUUUUUAACUGCUUUUGAAGUAUUUUAGACUUUAAGGAAUAAUGGGGAUAAUAGCCGUGGCUUGAUGUGUGUAAGACUCUCAGGGAUAAUGUUGUUUAAAGGCUUUUUUCUUUGCUGCUUUCUAUAAAUUUAGGUACUACAGUAUCAGUACAAAACAUGGAGUAAGUGGUGGGAGGGAGGAAAUAAUAGAUUUAGGAAUGUUUUUCCUUUUUUUUCCUCUUUUUCCCUCUCCUUUGCCCUUAACCUGCAAGCAGAACAUAGUCACAUUGUAUUUUUUGUACAAAACUGGGUUUUGUUUUGAUUAGUGAAGCAAUACAGGCAAGCAACUAUCCAUUAGCAGUGAUACAGAGGUUUUUUGCACUGUGGAAACGAAACAGGAAUCGAGAAUAAUUAACUACACUAAUUCAGCUAGUGACUCACUGGAAUGGACUGUUAGGAUACAGCCUGAUGAGAAAACAUUGCCGAUUUUUUUUUUCUUUUUUUCAGAAUAAAAAAUAACUCCGCUUCUUUUUGUGACAAAUCUUUAGUGUCGCCCUUUCUGGAUGACACCUUCCAAUCUCCUGUGCAACUGGAGACUGAAACUGGAGCUGCUCAAACAAUCAGUCAUUUGAACUGUUUCUGUGAAUCAUGCCUGCAAACGUGAAAGUGUGCAUUUGUUCUCAGCCUGGUUCACAGUAGUGCUGUUUGUCUGUAAAAGCAUUUUGUGCGGUACAGUCCUGAAAAAUUGUUCCUCUCACUGCAUCUUUCUGUAAAAAUUGCUAGAAGUAGAGUACAUUUUAACAAUAAAUAGCAGUAUGCCUGCGCUGCUUUUCUAUGUGGAACUUUCAUGCAAACAUAAUUUAGACCAUCUUAGUGAAAACAGUUUAUAUUUUAUAUGAUUCAGUUUGGUUUUAUUUUUCUAUUUUUAAUUAUGUACAUAUAACAGAAUAAAUGUUAAAAUAAAUUGUAUUAUAUCUUGA